AGGUCCAUUAUACAUAGUUUCUAAGAAUAAACCUGCUCAUGAUUUCGGGUUGGAUAGUAACGGAAGAGGCAUACUCAUGAGAGGCGGUGAUUUAUUUUAUAUAUUAAGUCCAGGUCUGAACUUCCAGAAAGGAACUAUCUCUUUCGAAUCCGUUGAACUUCCAGGAUCAUUUCUACGAAACUCAGGUGGUAAAAUUAAAUUGGAGGAAUUCUCGAGUGUUCCAUCUUUUCUUCAUAGUGCCACUUUCUGGGAAAGAGAGAAUCAGUUUUUCAGCAACUACACGGCAUAUGAAUCAGUGGAGAACCCUGGAUUUUACAUUAGACACUCGGCGAACAGCCUCGUACUCGAGGAGUUUAGUGGACGACAUGUGUUUACGGAGGAUGCAAGUUUCUGGAAUGUAAUAG